UACAUUUAUUCAAGAUCAUCGAGUUGCAAUGCCAACUAGCAGUUCACAGCACAGUGUUAUAAACCAACCGUCGGUCGUAAAAGGUCCCGGCAAUGCUGUAGAACAGCAGACAAACAUAUCACUCCAAGGAAUUGGUGUAAGCAACAACGCUCCAAGGAUCUCAGAAACUGAAGCAUUUGGUGCACACACCAACACUCAGAGAAUUUCACCAUUGAUAGAAGAAAGCAAUAAUCAUAAUCAAGUUUGUCAGAAACCUACUCUCGGUUCUGAAGAGCAAAGUCCUCAAAUGCAACGAUUGAUUAAAGCGAUGACAACUAUUUCACCUCAAGCACUGGGUGCAGCAGUCGGAGAUAUAGAAAAGGUUGUUCGUAUGAACGAUGAAAUACCAACCUUUAUUAGUCCCGAAGGAUGGAAAAUGCGUCCCGUCUUUGAUCCAACCACCUUUGAUACUCCUACUGUUUCUGCUAGCAUGUUUAACGGUUUCAAUCAAUUUAACGACGCUGUGGAAUCAGACUUGAAUUCACCUGAAGCAUUGCGUGCAGCAUUCGGCGAUAUAGAAGAGGUUGUUCGUUUGAAUGAUGAAAUACAACCCUUUAUUAGUCCCGUUGGUGGAGUCUCGGAAGGAUGGAAUAUGUGUCGCGUCUUUGAUCCAACCGCCUUUGGUUCUCCUAGUGUUUCUGCUAGCAUGUUUAAUGGUUUCACUCAAUUCAAUGACGCUGUGGAAUCAGACUUGAAUUCACCUGAAGCACUGCGUGCAGAAUUCGGCAAUAUAGAAGAGGUUGUUCGUUUGAAUGAUGAAAUACAACCCUUUAUUAGUCCCGUUGGUGGAGUCUCAGAAGGAUGGAAAAUGCGUCGCGUCUUUGAUCCAACCCCCUUUGAUACUCCUAGUGUUUCUGCUAGCAUGUGUAACGGUUUCAACCAAUUCACUGACGCUGCGGAAUCAGACAUGAAUUCAUUGACCAAGAGAAGAAAAUGUUCUCAACCUGUGGAAAUUCAGAAUGUUUUAGCAGAAAUAAAAGACAUAAAUAAUCGAUUGUUUGACUGUGAGGUGGUUAUCGCUGAAAAGGAAAAUGUUGAAAGUGUAGUAGGAUUAGCUUCCGAACAUGCUGGAGGAUUACUUGUUAAAAUCAUGUACAAUGCAGUGACGAUCAAUCAAAACCUUGUAUCUCACUUCACUUCCGAUAAAAAGUCAUUGAUCAAUCCGCUGCGGUUACUUAUUCCUGCAAGUUAUCCGUCUUCCUCUCUUAUUUUUCUGGACGAAUUACCGUUGCAAGACAGUGAGGACUUUAGAGAUUUGUUUGAGAGAGCAAAAGGAAAGCUGAGUGUUAAUCUGGAAAGCAUGAAGCAACCAUGGUUGAUUAAGGAUGUAGCUAGAGCAUGGGAAGGUUGUGCUAGAGAAGCAAUCCUUGAAUAUGCACAUGCUAAUGGUGGUGGAACAUUUACCUCAAUGUAUGGUGGUUGGGAAUUCUGUUGAUUCAUUACCAUUUGCGUUGUUUGUUUCAGCUGGAAGAUGUAUACUUUAUGUAUAGAAAGAGUGUGAAAAGUUAAGAAUGGUUCAUACUAUUGAGUUUGAUGACACUUUGAAAUCAGUGUUCAUAGUCAUGAUUAUGGGGAUAAUCCUAAUGUGUAUGGAUGAGUAGUAUGCAUGAUAUGUUGUUGAAGUUUAAUUUUAAUA